AGUCAGGGACUGAGUAGUUCUCAUCUGUUGAUCACAGUUAACUUGAAGCGUCAAAACAGGGGAAGCUGUCAGAUCUGCUUGCAAAGAUAAUAUCACUCCAGUCCAGAUAGCAAUUGGAAACUUUGCAGAGGCAGGAAAUAUUCUGGAAGGAAACUAUCAAAAAUGGAAUUUAUUUUUACUUUUUCUCAGAAUUAAAAACGAAAAUCAAAACUUCAACCAUCUUUUAAUGAGCUUUUUGGUCAACUAAAUACAUUCAUUCAUAGACAAUCUGGGAUUCUGUAUAACAAAGGAUCUCCUUUAUCUAAUUGGAUCUAUGUUAUCUCUUAUAAGUAGGUAUUUUUGAUUUUGUCUACAAAUAUACGGGAAAGCAUGAAACAACAUCAGUGAAAUGUGAGGGGGAGGGGGGAACCUCGCAGCAGACAGUAAUGACCAGUUUUUUGCUGCAAAGAAACCAGAGAGCUGGGCUGUAAGAAAUAUCCAAGUGAUAUUUAGCAUGACCAUCUGUAUUGUUUUGUCACCAACAGUAUGCUCUUGAAGAAGAGGUGCAGAUAUGGAUCACGUAAGCUUCAGUUUCUCUUGUUGUUGCUGAUGCUGGGUUUUUUGUUACUGAUGGUUACAAUCCUGACUCCACCAUUCCGGGACCUGAACAAAGAGGGGACAUCCCAGCCAUUAAAGUUCAGUCCCAGAGAAGGGUAUCAGCUGGACUUUCUGGAAACCCAAGAAAUGUUGGAGACUCAGGAGGAGAGCCGGCAAUACUACCCCAUGGUGGGGUUAUCCCCUUUCAUUUCCCUCCGGGAGGAUGAGCUGCUAGUGGCCAUUGUGUCACCCACAGCCAGGAGAAACCACAGCAAGGCAAGAAAAGGAUACCGAAUGGUGAAGCAGCAGAGCAAAAGGCAGGAAGAAAAGACUGAUGUCAAGCCAAGGGGAAACCAAGAGUCCCAGCUCAUGUCCUUUUCCCUGCAGGAUGCAGAAGAGGCUGCUGGGGGUGAGCAAUUGACAAUCCUUGGCCUGGAAACUCAUGGCUUUAAUGAAGCACUCAGUGAGCGGAUUUCUCUGCGCAGGGAGCUGCCUGAGGUGCGGCAUCCUUUCUGUCUGCAACAGGACUAUGACCCCAACCUUCCUACUGCUAGUGUCAUCAUCUGUUUCCAUGACGAAGCCUGGUCUACUCUCUUGAGAACUGUGCACAGUGUUAUGGACACAGCCCCAAGGGCCUCUCUGAAGGAAAUUAUCCUUGUCGAUGACCUCAGUCAACAAGGGCAUCUGAAGUCAGCCCUGAGCGAAUACAUCUCCAAGCUGGAUGGUGUGAAAUUGAUCAGGAGCAACAAGAGGCUCGGGGUCAUCCGGGGUCGUAUGUUGGGAGCUGCACGGGCAACUGGGGAUGUGCUGGUCUUCAUGGACUCCCACUGUGAGUGUCACACAGGCUGGUUAGAACCCUUGUUGGGCAGACUAGCCACUGACAGAAAUCGAAUCGUCUCCCCUGUCCUAGAUGUCAUUGACUGGAAGACUUUUCAGUAUUAUCACUCUGUGGAUCUGCAACGAGGUGGUUUUGACUGGAAAUUAGAUUUCCAUUGGGAGCCGCUGCCGGAGCAUGAGGAGAAGGUACGCCAGUCUGCCAUCAGCCCCAUCAGAAGUCCUGUGGUGCCGGGUGGAGUAGUGGCAAUGGACCGACAUUACUUCCAAAAUAUUGGCGCUUAUGAUUCCGACAUGACUCUAUGGGGGGCAGAAAACCUAGAAUUAUCUAUAAGGGCAUGGCUCUGUGGUGGUUCUGUUGAAAUCCUUCCAUGCUCACGGGUGGGGCACAUUUAUCGAAAUCGUAUCCCGCACACUUUUCCCAAUGAAGAGGCUGCAAUGAGGAACAAAAUCCGAAUAGCAGAGACCUGGCUGGAUUCUUUUAAAGAGAUUUUCUACAAGCAUGACACAGCGGCAUUCCUAAUUAGUAAAGCUGAGAAGCCAGAUUGCAACGAGCGCCUUCAGCUGCAAAAGCGACUAGGCUGUAGAAAAUUUCAUUGGUUUAUAUCAAACAUAUACCCUGAACUCCACCCACCAGAGUACAAACCAAGAUUCUCUGGCAAGCUGUACAACACUGGUGUUGGCUUCUGUGCAGAUUACAGAUCUGCCUGGGAUGCUGCAGAAGGUCUUAUUGAGCUGUCUCCUUGUAGUGACAAUAUUAACCAGCAUUUUGAAUAUAACAGUAUGAAGGAAAUCCGGUUUGGUUCCGCUCUGCAGUUUUGCUUUGAUGUCAGACAUGAGAAGGUUAUCCUUCAAAACUGUACACAAGAGACAGAAAAUAACCAGCAACAAUGGGAUGUCCAGGAGGGUGGAAUGAUUGUCCACAUCCUUUCUGGUAAAUGUCUAGAGGCAGUGAAGAGUGAAGCUGAGAAGGACUUAUCCUUACAUUUGUGUAACAAGAAUGAGAAUCAGCUGUGGCGAUUUGAUCACUCACAUGUGCUAGAUGAGAGAUGACUGACAGGUUUAUGUGAAGAUUGUCUCCAAAUCUCACAGUCACUUUCAUUUGGGAUUCAAAACACACAGAUUCCUGCAUGCAAAAGAAAGUUGUGUGUGUCUGCCACGGUCUUCAGGAGAAGAUAGAAAGAUCUUGCUUGGAAAGUCUUGCUCAAGGAAUUGCAGCAGGGUUCUAGUUUAACCAACUCAAGCUAAAAAUUACUACUUGUUCUCUUCAACCAGAGAAUAAAAGUACUGUGAGUAUCAGUAAUGACUCUGCAGCUCUACUGCUGCAGAAGACAAGAAGUUUGCCCUUUUAAGGAAACUUGGAAGACUAAUUGCCAAAGGGUCUCUCUUCUAAAACUUCUAAGAAAACAGGAAGAUGAAUCUUUGUGAAACUUAAGAAACUCUCUCAAAGGAAGUCUGCCUUGCUAGGAUGAGAGUUUAGCCAAGCUGUACCGUGCACUUGACCCAUAUAAAACAAAGUAGGUUUUAUAUCUAUCAAAGUAGAACAUAAUUACUUUUGUAAGAAAUAGUUAAUAUAUUCCUUUCCAAAUACACUGAGACAAAUACCCCACUCAGUGAGAUUGCACAGUGUGUGUGAAUUAGCACAGAAUUGGGUUACAUUUUGUUCUUGUUAAAAAUUCUCAUUGACGUCAAUGGGAGUACAACCAGGCUCUCUGUCUUUGGCCCAUUGUCUCUUUCUGCCUUAAUCCACAAUCUAAAUUGGAUGGGACAAUGACUCCAAAGAAAUGAAUAGAUGUACAAUGUUUGUGCUUUAGUUUCCAUUGGGUUUUAAUAACUCCUUGUCAGCAAACUUUCCAGUAGUAGGCUUCAGGACACCCAACAAGAGCAGAGUACGAAAGAUUUAGGAGGAAAAAAACUCGCAAACAACAUGUAUUUUGACCUGUAAUUUAUUGGAGGCAUUCAAUUUUGGCUAAUAAAACAUUGAGAUGAAUUAAUGUACUAAAGCAAAGUAUCACUCAAGUUGUAAAACUUCCAGUUGAAAGCAGAAAAUGAAAGGACUUUAGCUGCACAAGACUUUCUAGCUACGUAAGAAGAACAUAUUGGUGUCUACUUCCUUUUCCUGCAUCUGCUGCUAGCUACUUUAAAGAACAAGAGUGUUGACAUUGUUGACUCUACACAAGAGGAUUUCUAUAGCCCCUUACUCACCAUGGGUCUCAUAGAUGAUCCCAAGUAACUCAGUAAGAUUCUUUUACUGGGAGUGUGAUCAUGCAUCCCUUCUGACCUCAAGUCUCCCACUGAAGUUAACAGCAAUUAUUAUAAUAU